AUUAUGGGGAAUGUUUAUCUUUGUGCCAAAGUGCGUACGUAUUUUUGUUUGGUUCUUUCGGUGAAGUCACGUAGAUGGGGUUGAACGAAAAUCACACGAAAGAAACCACUACUACGACGACGUUUUGAUCACAACGCAAGCGAUCGCUUGGCUUCAACGAAAUUCCCGCAGUCACGAAAGCUUCAACGUCGAGAUGCGUGCGAAUAAAUAUCACGCAUUACAUUCUGCCGUACGCGUGUCUACGUGAUGUGUGUGGGUGGUGUCAAGGGUGUAAUGACGCAUUUAGAAGGAGGAGGAGGAAUAGCAGAGGAGGAGGAGGGAGAGAACCCCCCCCCCCCCCAAGCUGAAACUGCCUCACCCCUCUCAGAAUCGGCCGGCAGCAGCAGCAGCACCAACCAGGGCAGACAGCGGCACGUGAGGCUCGCCGUUUCGCGAUGGCCAUGGGUGUCGUCGGACCGGCCCUCUUCCUCGUUUUAAGUCUUCUCCACGGAAUCUCAAGCGAGGACGUCACCGUGCACGGCUUCGUGGGUCACGGCAUCACGCUGGCCUGCGACUCAUCCGACACGGGCACGCAAGUCACGUGGACUAAGGACGACGAGGUCGUCGCCUCGAGAUGGGGCACAAACACCGUUUACAACGAUAGGAAUGUGGAGCUUGUGAGCAGCACCUCCGGAGGGAUGCUAUACUCCCUCCGGCUGAAGAGCAUGAUGAUGAGCCGCAAAGGAACCUACAAAUGCAAUAUCAACACCAACAAGGGGUCAACAACAACAAUCAUCAAGCUGAUUGUGCACGAAUCCCCCAAGAUCAUUCUACCCGACGUCCUCUUGGACGGCUCCGAUGAAGCCUCCGUCGCCUGCCAGACACCGAAGAGCGUCAGCUUAGCAGACAUGUCGUGGAAGCUGUCCAACGGAACAAUGAGGCAGCAGAAAAACUACCUGAACAAAACGUCGACGGCCUUUCUCAAGCCGACGCGGGAGAUGCACGGGCAGACCUUGACGUGCUCCGUCGAAUUCUCCGGCGGCGUGGGGAAAGUGGAGCAGUCGGUCGUGCUCGACGUCAAGUACCUGACUCUGACGAUCGCGGACAGUGGCGGCCCCCAUCGCGAAGGUCAAGAGAGUGUCAAUCUCACUUGCAAAGCCGAGGGCAACCCCAUGGCCACGAGCUACUCCUGGACAAUGCCGAAUUCCUCGAGGCACUGGGAGACGAUGAAGGCCGGGAUGACCAUCGUGUUCGAGGAUGCCAUCUCGAGCAACGAGACAGGCCCCUACCGGUGCAGCGCCACCAACGGAUUCGUGACCGCCUCGUCGCCGCUCUACCACCUCGCGCUCGAGCCCGACGUCGAUAAAGGGUCCUGGGAUAAACUCGUCAUCUACCUGGGGUGCCUGGCGGGCAGCGCCCUGAUGUUGCUGAUCGUGGUGGUGGUGUUCGUGUGUCGGCACAAGCGGCCCACGAACCCAUACCUGGACGAAAGGGACAGUACCCCAAUCCACAAGCCCGCGCCACCCCGGAGACUGCCCUUACCUGACGAGGAGGAAAACUUCGGGGUGGGGGUGGUCUAUUCCGGCCCGUUGCCCAAACCUCACCCGCAUGGAAGAUCGCCGAGGCCGCAGCUGAGAAAUCCGCUCGCCUUCUCGUACCUGGAGGCUCACAACGCAGAUGCCGACAACAUCUCGUCGACGAAGACAGAUCCAGAGGAUUAUGAUGAUGUCGAGGUGCGGUGAAGUGGGCAGACGAGUUUUGGGACGGGCUAAUUCUCCGCUUGUUUAUUUUUUCAUUUUUUUAAAGGACACGUGUUUUUUGGGGAGUUUUUUUUCGAAUCGUUUGCACUCCGUGAUAAAUCAGCGCGCCUCCUUCGUGCUCACAAAUUGUGACGCCGUCAGCGUGGAGCCACGGACGUGAGGUCACGGGGGUGACGUCACUUCCUGCGAAGUCAAGGUUUUCCGAAUGCCACUUUAGAGUAUGAAAAAUAAGAACAGGUUUUACCCUUUCAGCCAAUUAAAAACAGGAGUUGUGUUAAGAUGUCCAAACACCAAAUAGAAACAUUUCGCAAGGAAUCAAGUUACUGCAUUAACAACACACGGUACUUGUUGUGAACAUGCAAAACCAACAUGCUGUGAUAACAUACACGCAUUGUCUUUGAAACUGAUUGACCUACACCAGAGACAGCUUUCUUUAUGGCCGAGUCUCACCACCAGUGUCAAACUAGAGAGCAACGCCAAAAUGCGAACAGUACAAAGACAAUGCAAAUAUUACUUAAUCAGAGCUUGUUUGCAUGUUCACCACACAUACUGCGUGUGGUUCAUGCAGUAACUUGAUUCCUUGCAAAAGGUUUCCAUUGGGUGUUUGAACAUCUUAACACAAAUUGCCAGAAAGGGUAGAUCCUAUUCUUAUUUUUCAUGUUUUACAGAUCGUCCAAAAAUUCCAUGUUAUGGCUCGAUUUUGGGAUUAAGUUUGAAAAUUAGGAAUACACUCCGACUUUAAAGACUCAGUAAUCGUCUGAUAACACCUUUCAUAUACAUGUACGUGUGUGUGUGUGUUGAUCCUCUUUCGCACGGUUGCUAAUUAAUCGGAGGUGCGGGCCAACUGUUUCGAGAUUCACCCGUCAGAGUCUGAUCGGCACAUUGGCCACCUCCGAUUGGCCCGGUUGGCUAGCGUAUGGUGCGAGAGAAUUUCAACCUUCGUACAUACAUAUCAAAUAACAAUGUCUGCGUAAACGCGGCAAAUCUUCCAAGUCAUCGGUCAGAAUCCGAGCGACACAUUAGCCACGUGUAAAUAUGCAGAGGACCGCAGAGCUUGGCCAACGGUUAGUCGUGCCAGCUCCUCGCAAGCGCGUGGCUGCUGCUGCUACCUCCGCGCUUCGCCUGUGGUUCCUCCUCCUCCUGGCUCCUCCGAGUCGCCCUCCCCCCCCCCCCCGACUCUCUACGUCUCUACGCGAGCGAUGAAUGGACACCCUGUGCGCGUUACAAGCUGACGUUAUUAUAUUGGUCGCGAAAGCCUACGUGUUAAACCAGGGGUCGGGAACCUAUGGCUCGCGAGCCAGAUGUGGCUCUUUUGAUGAUUGCAUAUGGCUCGCAGAUA